AACAAAGCUUGAAGGGGGAAUGCAAGUGAGAUUUCUUCAAAUAAAUCUCUCAGGUGUUUUCAUUUUAGAGACCCGCGCCAUGGCAGACGAGUUUAGGUGACGUGCCUGCUGUAUACGAGAGGCUGACAUGUCGCUCAGGGCCGUGAUGUAUCACUGUUUCUCACCUCUCCAGACAGACUAAUGUUAUGGCGAACACAGGUGGUUAAAGUUAACAUCGAGGGGGCGGAGUUUUCCCACAGUCGAAUUCAACACUCCGCACGUGCGGCUACUUUACAUGAGAAUACCUCCAUCUUUGAUUGACAGCUGCGCACCUGGGCAGACGACAGGCGACACAAUCAAAGGGGAGCCACUCCAGCCAAUCAGGCGCCACGUCUCAAACCGCCCCAUGGCGCCGCGUUGUCUCGGGUGAUUGGAUUGGCCUGAUGUGCAGGUAUGGUGAGUUAGAAGCAAGUUUCCCACGGGCGAGAGGCAUGCGUCAUGCGGCCAUAAAGCAACGGGGGCAAAAGGUCUCACUAUCAGCUUCAUCUCCUCAACAUACCUAUACUGGGCACCUUAGACAUUUAGUUAGCAUUCCCAUAGAGUCCCCGCACGAGACACUGGGACGUAUCGCAGGGAGAACGAAAAAGACCAAGAAAAACUUGUAGAGGAAGAAAAACUGGAAUAUUUACAAAAACGAUAUGCAACUAGGGCUGAAUAUUCGACAAUAACUGCGGAUGGAUAUUUGCAAAUAAAAACAGAAAGGAUUGUUUGUUUACUGUAAAAAUUAUUGGAUGCCCUGAGGCGUUGUGAUAUUAACAUCUGCGUCGAUUAAGAGAAAUCUAAUUAAAGAAGUCCCCGCUGGCGACAAUAACGACAGGGGUGUUACCCAGCAAUCAAAGUAAAACAUGAUGCCAGAGGAAAGGUCGCCUUCCCCAGGCUCUAGCCUACCCAAUAGGAAGAGCGCCAAACCGAUAAUGGAAAAACGGCGGCGAGCGAGAAUUAACGCGAGUCUGGCCGAACUGAAGGCACUUCUUUUGGAAGUUAUGAAGAGAGAGGGUUCACGACAUUCCAAGAUGGAAAAGGCCGACAUAUUGGAGAUGACCGUCCGCCAUUUGAGGCAUAUACAACGACAACAGUUUGCAGCCGUUGCCAAUUCCGAUCCAACUGUCCUAAACAAGUACAAUGCCGGAUUCAACGAAUGCACCUCGGAAGUGAGCCGAUACCUCCAUUCCAUCGAAGGCGUGGACCCCGACAUCCGCGCCCGUGUUUUGGAUCAUUUAGCCACGUGCGUUGCUAACGCCACCGGGGUCAACUCGGAGGGGGAGAGAAGUUUCACCAUCCCGAAUGUUGCCUCGAUACGACCGAUGCCUACGCCACAAACCACCGUCUCUCCACGCGCCAGUGACGUUGAUGGGUCGGGCGUCGCUAACGUGGAAACGCCCAGUUCGUUUGGAAGUCCGCAGUACGCCCCCACUGGUCACGUGAUGCCGGAUUUCACCCCAGGGAAGGGCAUGGUACAGUCCAACGCAUGCGAAGUAAGCAGGUCUACUUCCGCCCCAGCACAAACGGCCACUGUGACGCCGUUGAGCGCGCAACAAAGUAGUUCCGGGAACGUGGCCAUAGGUGGCUUACAGGUCAUUCCUACUCGACUUCCGUCGGGAGAAUUAGCGUUUGUUCUUCCUCAAAAUGUGAUAAACUCUGCGAGCCAAGUUCCGGCUCAAAGCUACAUCCUUCCUGUGUUUGCUGGGAAUACUGGCAUGGCUUCCAUGACGUCAACAGUCCAGCCGUCUGCCUCCAUAACGACAACAACGGCUCUACCACUCCCCGCGCAGGCGCAGUCUAUAUCCUCUAACGCGCAGAGUCAUCAACACGUUGCUAUGGCAACGCUACAAAGCUCCCAGCAGCCAGCAGCUCCAAUACGAAUAGACACGUCCUCGACUCAGAGUGCUUUCUUAUCCGCGCCUUCGAUUCUUUCAAUGAACGGUUUGUCCGGGACGGUGAAUCUCUCUCCAAAUUUUCCCUCUGCGAGUGGGCAAGCGGGGUCGAGCGUUCAACCAGCGGGGACUCAGUACCAGCCAGCGCUGCCUUCUAUCAUCAUGCUGCCGUCGAACUAUGGAAGUCUACAGCAGCCCUUUCAGGGGAUCACGCCCAAUCUCCCAGGGUUGGUAAAACCCGGGGAACCGUUCCACAUCCCUUCCCUGAAGGAAGAAGACGUCUGGAGACCGUGGUAGCUGAGCUCUGUUAUAAAUAUGCUAUAUAUUUUUUAUUCUCUGUUAAUUAUUUUGAAGUCUUUCUUGUGUUAUCCAAAUAAUAUUCAAGAAUCAAUAUCUUCAGUUCUAUUAAGAACUCAACGCCGGGUAUCUUUCAUGGUGUCUGUUUUCUGUUUCACAUUGUUAAUUGUUGAAAACUGAAAAGCUUCACAUCCAUUUUAUGCGCACUCUUUUUAUAUGGAAUUUAUAAACUGGAUGGUGUUCAAAUAUAUAUAUGGAAAUCAUUUGAACAUUAAAUACAUCUUUGAACACAACAGUCAAGAUGCCUAGCCAUUAUUCAUAGGAUUUAUAAUAAGUAUUUAUUAAUUUGGGAAACAAUAUUUGCUGUGCUGUGGUGCUUGAUUGUGAUGCUGACCGCUGAGAGUUUAAAUUUGCUUUGUUUACUGUUUGCUUCUAUUGCUGUUACGAACUGAUCUGGUUACCAUUGUACUUACGACACUUGUAAAGAUAAAUUGUUAUCAACAUUUUUCUGACGCUCACGGGUGAGUGGUGACAUUUUACCACAUCAUGAUGUUUAAAUACGACUCAUACAAAAUAUGCCAUUCAAGCAUAUCUUAAAUAAAACAUGUUAUUUAAGAGUUA